CAUUGGCUUCGAGAACCUCGUGUGUAUCUCCCCGUCCCAAAACUCCGACAUGUAUCGCCUGUGAAAAACUCCCAAAUCGGACCAAAUUUAUGUACACUUUCAAGAACUUGCCAUAAUUUAAUCGUUAUUGCUUUUUCUGCUAUAACUAUCUCUACUUCUAUCUGAGGUUUUUUAACUUAUACCUCUCUGUUACUCUCUCUCACAUUCGAACCUCUGCGUUAGCUUCAGAUCAUAUUCCGAACUUUAGCUUAAUGAUAUGGAUGCCUUGUUAAUCAGGCCAUGUCAUAACUAAACUCCCCUACAAACUGUGAUUUAAUAAUUGUUAAGUUAUGGCUCGGAAAGGUAAUCAGCAGAAGAAUGGCCUCGAUUGCCAUUCAUCAAACCAUAAAAGAAGGUCUUCAGAUAUAGGGUCUGCAGAACCAGAUGUAAAAGGUCAUGCAAAAGAAAGUGACUUGAAGGUGUUUCCUGGAGAGGAACUCCCAGAUGGUAACCAUCCAAACAGUCCUUUGGCAAGGAGCACGAGCAAAACUCAUAAUGCUGGAGGCGAGCAUAAAAGCAAGAAAAAAGCUAAUAAGCAAACGAAGAAAGAAAAGCAAGCCGUGAAUGGAACAGACAGUGUGGAGCUGCCAAAGCCGUUACGAAAUGAUCCAGAAGACCGCAGUGGCAAUAUGGAAGGUCCAAGUGUUGCAGAGGAAAAUGUAUCAAUACCUAGGGCCAAUCAUGUUAAAAGAAAUAGAAAGGGCAGGACAUCCUACUCAUUGAAUGGACUACGUAUCCAAAAUGCACUGGAAAAUAUGGAGCUCCCAGAUAAUGUGGUCGUAAGAAAGUUGAGGGCAUUGGCAUUAUCCACCAUAAAGGCAACCAAUGAAUGGCUGGAGAGACAGAGACCCUUGUUUACGACACUAAAAAAUAAAGUACAGAAGGCUAAUGAUUAUGCCAAAAUGAAGAUUAUGCAGGCAUAUCCUGUUGUGUUGAAAUGGCUAAUGCAUUUCGGGAGUAUAAUGCUUUUGAUAUUAAUGGUUUGGUUAGACUGUGCUAUUAGGGGCAUGGAUUCUUUUAUACGCUUGGGGACGACAUCUUUCUUUUCAGUUAUAUGGUGCAGCAUUUUUUCUCUGAUUGCUAUGGUUGGAAUAUUCAAGUUCCUUGUUGUUUUGACCUUAGCUGCUUUAAUUGGACUUUUUGUUGGUUUUACUCUUGGAAUUCUGGUGGCUGCCAUUUCUGGAGCUAUUUUCUUGUGGCUCUAUGGAAGCUUUUGGACAACAGUGCUUGUUAUCUUCCUUGGAGGUUUGGCAUUUGCUCUCAGCCGUGAACGUGCUGCACUGUUUAUCAGCACUGUAUACUCUGUGUAUUGUGCUUGGACAUAUGUCGGAUGGCUUGGUUUACUUGUCGCUUUAAAUCUGGCUUUUAUCUCGAGUGAUAUUCUGAUAUACUUCCUAAAGAAUAAUAUAAAUCAGAAUAGAAGUCCUGAAGGAUCCACUGAACAAACACCUGGGAUGCAAGGUCAACAAGGGUUCUUCAACAGUGAUCAGACGCAUUCUUCAGCCUUUGAAACUGGUCCAGGAUUUUCUACUGAUCGUAGCCCUGGAGCACCUUCAACCAGUGGAGUGGAUUCCGAGUCAACUUCUGAGGAUGAAGUUGUGCGGUUGUUAAACUGUACUGAUCUCUAUUCAGUGUUGGGCUUGUCACGGUACGAAAAUGUGGAUGAUUCUUUACUGAAGAGGGAAUAUAGGAAAAAGGCAAUGCUGGUCCAUCCUGAUAAAAAUAUGGGAAAUGAAAAGGCUGUGGAAGCUUUUAAGAAACUUCAGAACGCAUAUGAGGUUUUGCUCGAUUCAGUGAAGCGAAAAACAUAUGAUGAUGAAUUAAGACGAGAGGAGCUACUGGACAUUUUCCGCAGGUUCCAAAGUACAUCACAAAAGAAUGGAGGGCAUGGCUUAUUUGCUUCUGGAUUGGCACGCUCAGAUGCUGAUGGUGAGGAUCCGUUUGGAGAAUCAAGGAGAAUAGCCUGCAAGAAGUGCAACAACUUUCAUCUUUGGGUACUCACUAGGAAAUCAAAAUCUCAAGCAAGAUGGUGCCAGGAUUGUAAAGAUUUUCAUCCAGCAAGGGAUGGUGAUGGAUGGGUAGAACAAUCUUCCCAACCCUUAAUUUUUGGAUUGUUACAAAAGGUAGAUGCUCCUGUUGCAUUUGUUUGUGCGGAUAGCAAGGUAUACAAUGCUACAGAAUGGUAUAUCUGUCAGGGAAUGAGAUGUCCGGCCAACACUCACAAGCCUAGUUUUCAUGUGAACACUAGUUUAACCACCAAGCAUAAUGUUGGAAAGGGAUCCAGUUCAGGACAAAAAGGCGGUAAAAUGCCGACGACCAAUGUGGAAGACUGCAGGACAGAGGAAGAAUUCUUUGAAUGGCUUCAGAACGCGGUGCAAUCAGGCAUGUUUGAGAACAUGAACGGCGGCAAUGCCACCAACGAUAGCCCAUCUUCCAAACCUGGAAACAACAGCGCAAAGAGCGGCGGCAGCAAUAAUAACAGUAGCAACAAGAAAAAGAAGAAGGGAAAGAAGUGGUAAAGUGCCCCACAAUUGGGUUGGAGCAGUGUCUGACUCUGUGAGCAUUAGAGUAUAUAAAGUUUUACAAUGGCCAAUUGUGUUUUCCAAAAAGGAAAGUCUGUAUGAGUAAAGUUCUCAAUUGUAUAUGCUGGCAUGACUGGAAUCCCUUCUAGCUUGCAUAUCGCAGAGUUUGUACAGUGUUUCGUUUUCUUUUCCGGCAUCAUUUUCUUGUUUCAGAAAUUUUCCUCAUUCUCCUCCAUAUCUACAUGGACUAUAUAUAUAUUUAUAUACUUGUACUCUUAUGUCACUGCUUGCUUAAAUGAAUGGCAGUAAUUUUUCAUCC